AUGUUCCUUUCAAAGUUGGCCCAUAAAGGAAUGGAGCUUACCAAAAUUGUUAAAUUGUUGGAUGCAUAUUGCUUACCACACUUGGCCGAAAAGUGGGAUAAUGUCGGUCUCCUAAUAGAACCUUCUAUUCCACACCAUGUGGACAGGAUUUUUAUCACAAAUGAUUUAACAGAACAAGUACUCGAUGAGGCGAUUUCUCAAAAAUGUGGUCUGAUCGUUUCAUACCAUCCACCAAUUUUCUCUCCUCUUAAAAAGCUUACGCAACAGCAUUGGAAAGAGCGUAUAGUUGUACGUUGUAUAGAAAACAAAAUCGGUGUAUUUUCACCACACACCGGGCUUGAUGCAAAACUUGGAGGUAUCAACGACUGGCUUUUAGAACCAUUGGCUGUCAAUCGGAGAGAGAGUUUAUCUCGAUCACCAAUUACUCAAAAUUUAUCCAGGUUGACCGUUGUUAUGAACGAAAAUUUCGGAGACUUCGUCAUAUCCACAGGAGUAGGAGUGUGUACAACUAAUAUUAAGAGUAAUGCUGGAAUAACAGCCAUUGUUACUUGUACCGAGUCCGAUUUAAAACGUGUUGUAGAUGUGACGGAGGAGCUUAAAAUUUCAGUUGUUAGCAUCGAAAAUAUUCAAAAGACAAGUGAAGAAGGAUGUGGCAGACUGGUCACUCUACAGUUCCCAGUUCAUCUAAAAGCAAUUAUCGCUGCCUACAAAAAGUUUCUAAACAUAGGGCAUUUAACUGUAGCCCCAGGACUAGGUAAAACCCUCGACUGUCCAAUUAAAACAGUUGCUGUAUGUGCUGGUUCCGGUGGGUCGCUUUUAUGCCAAACACCAGCUUCAUUUGCUGCCGAUUUAUUUAUCACUGGAGAAUUAUCUCAUCAUGAUCGUCUUGAGGCUGUUUCUCGUGGUAUUUCUAUUAUUUUAGCUGGGCAUUCUGUUACGGAAAGAGGAUUUUUCAGGGAAAGAUUUAUCCCAGACUUUCGUCAUCUUUUAUCAACUGUACAUAAUGCUGGUGAAAUCCCACACUUGGAAUUGUUAUUAUCCGACGCAGAUCAUGAACCAGGUUUUGUCGUUUAA